AUGUCUCAACAAUUUCCUGAUACUAUAAUCGAUUCGGAUGCCGAAUUCAGCAGAUGUAUUUUGUGUGGAGGUGCCACCGAUGUGCCGCACCCCGUCUGGCUAGGUGUUUUCAGAGUCUUGGCGCCACGGGAUGGGAAGGUCAAACUGUAUGAGCUGUGCACCUUCUAUCAUGAGGUUACCCUACAUAUACAGUCAGACAAAAGGAUAGCAAUCUGGCCGAAAGAUUACCCCUGGUCAACCAGGAACGGUGCGACUUGGCCAGUAGGGGAGUAUUUCCUUUUCCAUGAGCGCUGCUGGCAAUAUUUGAUCAAGUGCUUUGGGAAAGAUUUCAUCGGCAUUGAGAAACUAUACGAUGCCCUUAGAAUGCUCCCGCCACCUAAAGAUCCGUCCUUUUUACGCGUGACCGAUUACUUUCCUUGUCUCUCGUCCGGCUGGGAAGAGCUCUUGAAGGACACACAGAAUGCCCCAGCACCUUCAAGGAGGGUGACCCUGAGGAUGAGAAAGUGGUGCAACCCAAGUGACUCGUUCCGAUGUCUACCCCAGGAACUGCGCCAUGCCAUUGCACGAUUACUUCCCACGCGGGACUUCCUCAAUCUGCGUCUCGCAUCAAGAACAAUGACAGCACUGUUCAACGAGGGCUACUUUUGGAGAUCGCGCUUCGAGUCUGACGGUGACCGGGGCUUCCUUCACCACAUUAUUCGGGAGCAUGGUGAGGAUAUCCAGAUUGACUGGCGGCUUCUAUACCACGCCUCAGCAAAGCUAGAAAACAGGUUUGACCUCACAGUCCCGGUAUGGGAAACAGUUCGAUGGAUCCAAGAUACGGUUAAAGCGGACGAAGGCUCAAUGGAACGGCCGCUGGGCUUUUACGGUAGGUCAUUGCAAGUCUACCACAAUGACACCUGUGCCGUGGGAAGACGAAUUGAAAGGGUUAGAGUGCCCUCAUCUCUAGCUAAGAUCGAAGUCUCCUUUAAUUUCGCUGAAUCCAAGCCAUAUCCGACAGAAAUACUGGCGUUGGAGUUUAUUGAUAAGGACGGCACCAGUAUGACUGUGGGAUCAAAGGAUUCCGAAGCUGAUAUUACAAAAUGCCGCGAAUUAUUCAGUGAAUUUACCAAGAGCGAAGAAGCGAAAUGUCGCCUUGAUAGUGCUGGGCUGCAUGCACUGUUUGAUGCGCAGUCAUUCGUCGGGUUCCGCAUCAGCUACAACGCCAAGGCAAUCUAUCGCAUUGGUAUCUUGAACAGGCAUCAUAAGUCCAAGGCUCAGCCUGAGAUUCUAGGCUACGAGCCGGAUGGCUGUUCCGCAUUUGACAUGGGCCUAAAUGAGGUGGUCCAGGUUGUCGCCACAUUUGAGAGUCAUAGAUUGGUAGACCUGGGAUUAAGAGGCUCGGGCAAGCGUAAUCCUAUGUAUGGGCGCCGGCCUAUAAUUAAUCCAAACAAAGUCGAUGCGGAUAGAUAUGGGUGGCAAUUCGAUGAAGGGGCCGACUAUACUUGGCUUCACAGUGACUAG